UGAAGACAGCCACUUUUUGAGGCGCCAGACUCAAAGCGGAGACGCGUCUCAACAUUUUUGGAUUCUUACAUUUAUGCUGGUCUUUUAUAAAAAUUACAGAAGGCAGUCUCCCCACGAUCUUCAGUCUCCAUAGAAUGGCAUCCAAACCAGUGCUGCGGACCUCCAGUCAAGAUGAAUGUGGAGUUUGGCUGGACGCAGUGGAGCUAAAGGAUAAAGCAAAACAGAAGAAACGUCCAAUGCGUCCUAUUUCCAAACUCCUGAACCCUUUUUUGAAUGGUGGUGGCUACAAUCUGGCUGUGGCACUCAACUUCACUCAGACCAAAAUUGAGAUGCCAAAGACCAAGCAGACAUCAAUGUCGAACUUCUUUGAGCCGCAACGCAGAAUUCUAAAGAAGAUGUCAGUAUUGGAUAACCGUGAUGAAACUGCAUCCACCACAGCAGGAGCCAACAGUAAAAAACGGAGACAUGAUGUGGAUACUGAGCUGUCUGAGAAAUGGAAAGUUCCUGAAUGGAGCCAUGAAGUCAAAGCUGAGGCAGCAUCACCAGUCCGCAACAGAUAUUGGUCACCUGGAGUCGUCAAUAAUUUUAAAGAUCAUUCAGAGGACCUCAGUCAACCACAGAGAAAGAAGAGGAAGAACAAUGAAAAUCUACCGUACGAUGAGGAGCCACUGAUCAAGAGCAGCAAAGAUCUGCUAGAUGAUUUCAACACAGUGUGUGAAAACACUACAUGUUUGAAUGGAUGUUUAAACUGUCUACAAACUGAAGAUGAUUUUGUUUUCCAAACACCUUUGAGGACAUCAACUCAAAAACCAUUUAAACUCUGUUCACACGAGGACACCCAGAAUAUAAACUCUUUGUUGUCUUCGCCAAGCAAGCAAGCAUCUAAGCAAGCAUCUGUCUCGCAGCUGAGAGAGAUCACCAAUCAUUUAAAGACUGCAUCACCACUGAAAGAAGUCCCUGAUCACCUGUGGAAGGAGACACACCAGGACUCAAAAAGAUCCCCCAUUAAGAAACCCAUCAGACACCAUGAGGACAGUCUGUCCAUGCUGUUUACACAGGACUCUGAAGGCUUUCGAGUUAUCGCACACCGUGGCCACCAAACCCAGUUGAGUCCACUGAAACAUAAAACGCAGAUUGCUAAGAGUCACAUUGUGUCUAAAUCUCAGAUUGACGAAGAAGAUGAGAAUCCUUUUACUCAAGAUUCUCAAGGAAAUAUUCUGAUCAAACAUUUUUGAAAGCACUGUGUUGAUGCCGAGUGAAAGUGACGCUUGAAUGCUAAUAAAGAG